AUGGAGAAUUUCUUUUCAGAGGGGGCCCGUGUCUGGCUGCGGGACAAAGAGCAGCUGCUCCCCUCUACAGUCAGCUCCUGUGAUGAUUCAUCUCUGGUCCUCACCACGGACUAUGGCAAGGUGCUGUACCUCCAGAGGGUAGAGCUGAGCCGGGACAUAGUAUUCGCCAUGCACCCCAGCAGUGUCCAGGGUGUGGAGGACAUGUCCACGCUGACGGAGCUGCACGAGGCCGCCAUCAUGCACAACCUCUACCUCCGCUACCAGAAGGACAAUAUUUAUACCAACAUUGGCUCCAUCCUGGCUGCUGUGAAUCCCUACAAGCAGAUCCACGGCCUCUACGGUAGUGCCUCUGUGGACUUGUACAGCAAACACCAGAUGGGGGAGCUGCCUCCUCACAUCUUCGCCAUCGCCAACGAGUGCUACCGCUGUCUCUGGAAGAGGCGCGACAGCCAGUGUGUGCUCAUCAGUGGUGAAAGUGGUGCAGGAAAGACGGAAAGCACCAAACUGCUGCUUAAGUUUCUUUCAGUGAUGAGUCAGUAUUCACUUGGGACUCCGCCAUCAGAGAGCACAACCCGAGUGGAGCAAGCGUUGGUCCAGAGCAGUCCCAUCAUGGAGGCCUUUGGAAACGCAAAGACUGUAUACAACAACAACUCCAGUCGCUUUGGGAAGUUUAUCCAACUGAACUUUUCUCAUAACGGAAACAUCCAGGGAGGAUGCAUCAUCGACUAUUUACUGGAAAAGAACAGAGUGGUCCGCCAAAAUCCUGGGGAGAGAAACUACCACAUCUUCUACGCACUUUUAGCUGGGGCAGACAGAGACCACCAAGAUAUGUACCUCCUGUCCGAUGGCGCUGAGGCCUACCAUUACUUGAGUCAGUCAGGCUGUUUGCAGGACAGCAGCCUGGAUGACAAACAGCUCUUUGACAGUGUCAUGGAAGCUCUAAAAGUGAUGGAGUUUACGGAAGAAGAGAUCAGAGAUGUGUUCAAGUUGCUUUCUGCGGUUCUCCAAAUGGGAAACAUAGAGUUUAUGACCGCAGGAGGGGCUCAGAUCACAACCAAUGCAGUGGUGAACAAUGUGAGCGAGCUGCUCGGCUUGGAUGCCUUUCAGCUGUCGGAGGUCUUGACCCAGCGCUCUAUGAUUCUCAGAGGAGAGGAGAUCUGCUCACCGCUCACUGUAGAGCAGGCCGUAGACUCCCGAGACUCUGUUGCAAUGGCACUUUAUUCCCAGUGUUUCUCCUGGAUCAUCAUGAAACUCAACCAAAAGAUAAAAGGAAAAGAAAACUUCAAGUCCAUUGGAAUUCUGGACAUUUUUGGAUUUGAAAACUUUCAGGUUAACCGGUUCGAACAGUUCAAUAUCAACUAUGCCAAUGAGAAACUUCAAGAGUAUUUCAAUAAGCACAUUUUCUCCUUGGAGCAGCUGGAGUACAACAGGGAGGGCAUUCAGUGGGAGGCCAUAGACUGGAUGGACAAUGCAGAGUGUCUGGAUCUCAUCGAGAAGAAACUGGGCAUGUUGGCGCUUAUUAAUGAGGAGAGCCGCUUCCCCAAAGGCACCGACUACACCCUUCUGGAGAAACUGCACAGCCGACACGCAGCGAACCAUUACUAUGUGAAACCAAGGGUGACCGAUCACCAGUUUGGGAUAAAACACUACGCUGGAGAGGUUCUUUAUGAUGUGCGGGGAAUAUUGGAGAAGAACAGAGAUACUUUCAGAGAUGACAUAUUGUUUAUCCUCAAAGACAGCAGACUGGACUUUAUCUAUGAUCUGUUUGAGCGCGUGGGGAGCAGAAGUGGAGACGAGACCCUGAAGAUGGGAACGGCACGACGCAAGCCCACCGUCAGCUCUCAGUUUAGGGAUUCCCUCCACUCACUGAUGGCCACACUAAGUGCCUCCAAUCCCUUCUUCGUGCGCUGCAUCAAACCGAACAUGGACAAGAAACCCAAUAAGUUUGACCCAGACGUGGUGCUGAACCAGCUGCGGUACUCUGGGAUGUUGGAGACGGUGAAGAUCCGGAGGGCUGGCUUCCCCGUCAGGAGGACCUUCAUGGACUUCAACAGCCGGUACAAGAUGCUUUUGAAGAAUAAAGUGGUUCCCAGUGAUGAGAAGCAGUGCUGUUUAGAGAUCUUAAAUCUUCACGAUCCAACCAAGAAGGAAUUUCAUCUUGGAAAGUCAAAGGUUUUUCUCAAGGAGGUCCUGGAGCAAACGCUGGAGAAGGAGAGGGAGGAGGUGCGGCGCAGGGCUGGCAUGGUGAUUCGUGCCCACAUCCUCAGCUAUGUGGCAAGGAAACAUUAUAACAAGAUCCGGUCCAGCGUCAUCAUCAUCCAGAAGAACUACCGCAGCCACUUUUGGAGGCGACUCUUUCUGCGAAUUCGAACUGCCGCUAUUAUCCUGCAGAAGCACCAGAGAGGCCACAGGGCACGGUCACUCUGCCAGCAGCUCAGAGAGGAGAAGAGGAGACGAGAGGAGGAGGAGCAGAGAAGGAGGAUGGAGGAGGAGCAGAGGAAGAAGGAGGAGGAGGAGCAGCGAAGGAGAGAGGAAGAGAAGAGACUGAAGGAGGAGGAGAUUCGCAGGCAGGAGGAACUCAGACGUCUGGAGGAGGAACAGAAAUCCCUCAGCAGGGCAUCUGUGAUGGUGAAUGGUGCUUGCGAAAAGAAGGGUCCCCCUCAGAGCCACACCUCGGAGGAGGAGAGCCGGCAGAUGGAGGAGAUCCUGCGGCUGGAGCGUGAGAUCGAGCGUCUCCAGAAGCAGCAGGAGGACGGCGUGUCGCUGCUUGGAGACGUGUCCCACGAGGAGCUCCGCCAGAUCCGAGACGCUGAGAUUUACCGGCUGGAGAAGGAGGCGUCCCGGGUGGCCACAGAGUUCCUGGACUUGUUGGACUUUGGUGGUCUGGAGCCUUCUUUAUCCAGCGAGGAAAACCUUCAUGACCCGACGGAGUCCACCGCUCCUCUGGCGGAAGAGGAGGUGGAUGAGGGGUUCCACGCUGAAGAGGAAUGUGUCGCGUUGCCAGAUUUCCCUUCACCGGCGUCAGUCCCUCUGGAUAAGGAGGUGUUCCGGAGCAUCCCACCGCCCCCUCCAGCCUUUGCAGAAGGACAGCUAGCUUCAUCUACGCAGGACAAACCAGUCACUUCCAAUGGACGUAACCAUGCUUCUAAUCUUUCCACUAACCACGCUCCAGCGCCUGUUCCUGCGCUGACUAAUGGACAUGCAGUGGGAAAAGUCAACCAGGGGUCAGAGCCCGUGAAUGGUGAUGCGUCCCAGAACAACCUCCCAGACCCGGAGUCGGACUAUGACCAGGAGGAGUUUGAAGAGGCUCAUGGGAGUUCAGGGGCCAGCAUCAAUGAUGGACAUAUCACAGAUGAGGAGGUGCUGAGGAAGUCCUCCGGCACGCAACACAGUCUGGACUCGUUCAGGGGCAGCUCCGACUCGUUCAUUGACAGCGAUGAUGAGAUUGAUGCCUAUGUGGACACAGAUGAAGAGGUUUCUAAUGGCAGAGUCAACCUCAUGAACGGAUCUGGGCCUCCGUACUUCCACGGCUACCUCUAUAUGAAGAGCGGUCUGAUGAUCCCGUGGCGUCGCCGCUGGUGCGUGCUAAAAGAUGACACCUUCAUGUGGUUUCGGGCCAAACAGGACUCUCUCAAAUCGGGCUGGCUCUACAAGAAAGGUGGGGGCAUGUCCACUCUGUCCCGGCGAAACUGGAAAAUGCGCUGGUUCGUACUGCGCGAGAACAAGCUCAUAUACUUUGAGAAUGACAGCGAAGAGAAACAGAAAGGAACCAUCGACGUCCGAGCCGCCAAGGAAAUUGUGGACAAUCACGAGAAGGAAAAUGCACUGAACAUCGUGACGGAGGAGAGGACGUACCACAUCUACGCAGAGUCUCCAGAAGAUGCAAGUGGCUGGUUCAGUGUGCUGAGUCGUGUCCACAGUGCCACCUCAGAGCAGCUGCUGGAGAUGCACCACGAACAGGCCAACCCCAAGAACGCCGUGGGGACUUUAGACGUGGGCUUGAUUGACUCCGUGUGUGCGUCUGACAACCCUGACAGACCUAAUUCAUUUGUGAUAAUCACCGCUAACCGGGUCAUCCACUGCAACACGGACACCCCAGAGGAGAUGCACCACUGGAUCGGACUGCUGCAGAAGUCCAAGGGAGACGUCAGGAGCGAUGGCCAGGAGUUUCUUGUCAGAGGUUGGCUUCAUAAAGAGAUGAAGUCUGGAGCCAAAAGCACCUCCCUGAAGCUCAAGAAGCGCUGGUUUGUCCUCACCACAAACUCUUUGGACUAUUACAAGUCCUCUGAACGAAACGCCACCAAACUGGGAACUUUGGUCCUGAACAGCCUCUGCUCUGUGGUGCAGCCGGAUGAGAAGGUCUUCAAAGACACUGGUUAUUGGAACAUCAUUGUCCACGGACGAAAGCACUCGUACCGACUUUACACCAAAAUGCUAAAUGAAGCCAUGCGAUGGGCUAAUGCCAUCCAGGGAGCCAUAGACAGUAAAGUUCCCAUAGAAACGCCAACUCAACAACUCAUCAGGGAUAUCAAGGAGAGCAGUUUGAAUGUAGAGGCUGUGGAGCAGACCUACUGGAGGAAUCCCAUCCUGAGAUAUACCCAGCAUCCUUUGCACUCACCUCUUCUACCUCUGCCAUAUGGAGAUGUCAGCGUCCACUUGCAAAAGGAAAAGGGCUACACCAGCCUGCAAGACGAAGCUGUCAAGAUCUUCAACUCUCUUCAGGAGAUGGAGGCCGUGUCCGACCCGGUGCCCAUCAUCCAGGGCAUCCUGCAGACCUGUCAGGACCUGCGAGCACUGAGGGACGAGGUGUACUGUCAGCUGAUCAAACAGACCAAUCACGUGUCUCACCCUAACAGCCCGGCCAAUCGUGCGCACUGGCACCUCCUCACCUGCAUGAGCUGCACCUUCCUUCCCAGCAGAGGCAUCCUGCGCUACCUCCGCUUCCACCUCAAGAGGAUUAAGGAGCUCUUUCCUGGCACAGAGAUUGAGCAGUAUGCGCACUUCAUCAGCGAAUCCUUAAAGAGAACCAAGUCAAGGGAGUUUGUGCCCUCCCAAGAAGAAAUCAUCGCACUGUUGACCAGACAGGAGAUGACCACCACAGUGUACUGUCAUGGCGGCGGCUCCUGCAAGAUCUCCAUCAACUCCCAUACCACGGCUGGAGAGGUGGUGGAGAAGCUAAUCCGAGGGUUAGCCAUGGAAGACAGCCGGAACAUGUUUGCGUUAUUUGAACACAACAACUCCAUUGACAAAGCGGUGGAAAGCAGAGUCCUAGUAGCAGAUGUUUUGGCCAAGUUUGAACGACUGGCUGUCAGUGAGGAAGAGGAUGCCGGUCAGUGGAAGCUAUACUUCAAGCUCUACUGUUUCCUGGACGUGGAGAGCAUGCCCAAAGAAGGAGUGGAGUUUGCCUUCAUGUUUGAGCAGGCUCACGAGAGUCUGACCGGCGGCCACUUCCCGGCUCGCGAGGACUCCCUUCAGCACCUGGCCGCUCUCCGCCUGCAGUUCCUCUUUGGAGACAAGGCCAAAGCCUCCUGGAGCCUGGAGAGCGUGUACCCCGUGGGCCGCCUCCGGAGCCGCAUCACGCAGUUCGCCAAGGCGGGGGGCUCCACGGGGGGCACGGCUCACACUCUAGAGAGGAGGAGGACCAGCUUCUUGGACGGGACGCUGCGCAGGGGGCUGAAGACGGGCUCCAUGAAGAAGCAGCGGCUGGAGGAGGAGCAGAUGCUGGAGAUGUGGAUCAAAGAGGAGAUGUCGUCCACGCGGGCCAGCAUCACGGACAAGUGGAGCCGUCUGAGUGGGCUGGACCAGCACCAGGCCAUGCUCAAGUACAUGACCGUCAUCAAGGAGUGGACCGGCUACGGAUCCACGCUGUUCGAUGUGGAGUGUAAAGAAGGCGGCUUCCCUCACGACUUGUGGCUGAGCGUGAGUGCGGAGAACGUGUCCGUGUACAAACGUGGCGAGCCCAAACCUCUGGAGACCUUCCCCUACGAGCACAUCGUGUUCUUCGGCGCUCCGCAGCCCUGCACCUACAAGAUCACCGUGGACGAGAGGGAGAUGCUCUUCGAGACGCCUCAGGUGGGCGAGAUCACAAAGAUCAUGAAAGCUUACAUCAACAUGAUCGUGAAAAAGCGCUGCAGCGUCAAGUCUGUCUCCAGUUAUGGCACAAACUGGAUCAGAUGA